AUGAUAGGGAGAACGGGAGAUUUCCUAGCGAACCGAAUGCGAAUCCAAAAGGAGUUAACCAGGUUAUGGUCAGGUAAUUCUAACCACAUCGAACAUGUCAAAGCAGUUAUCACCCUUAGGAAUGGUAAAAAUCUAGAGAACUCGGUAGAACCACCUAAGGAUAGUAGUCCAGCUGAAAAAGAGACUGAAGUUGACCAAACUUCGUCUAAAGACCCUAAUGGGCCUGAGAAUGCUAAGAGUCCAAGUAAACAAAUGAUAGACAAUGCUCUAUUAGAUCUUGGAGCUAGUGUGAAUCUUCCAUUCUCGAAAAUCUCGGGGAACGUUUUCAAGGCGUUACAAGCCCCACCGGACCCUGAACACAAUGAUUCCAUAUGCAUGAUUGAUUCUCUAGUUGAGAAUACCUUUACCAUUAAUAGUGUUAGCGAUCCUUUAAAGGCGUGCUCGGCCCACUUUGGAGCCUACUAUGAUGAGGAUAAACAUUUUGAAGAAGUUAAUGCGUUGUUAGAUUCCGCGGCAGUAAUGAAUUAUGGAAAAUGGCAACCUAAACCAGAAACUCUUCCACCGACCAUGGAUAAACCCCUCCCAUCAUCAGUUAAGGCACCCACCCUUGAAUUAAAGCCUCUACCAGAUACACUGAAAUAUGUAUUUCUUGGUAAUGAAAAUACUCUUCCUGUCAUAAUUGCCUCUGACUUAGAGCCCGAUCAAGAAAGUAGACUAGUUAGUGUUCUCCGAGAGCACAAGACUGCAAUAGGGUGGACCAUAGAAGAUUUGAAAGGAAUUAGUCUUGUUGAUUGUAUGCACCACAUCUACCUAGAAGAAGGUGCCAAAACCUCAAGAGAAGUGCAGAGACGCUUGAAUCAUAAUAUGAAAGAAGUUGUCCGCACUGAGGUGCUCAAAUUGUUAGAUGCGGGUAUCAUAUACCUCAUAUCUGAUACUAAAUGGGUCAGACCUAUACAGGUUGUCCCAAGGAAGUCAGGGAUUACAGUGGUUGCAAAUGAGAACAAUGAAUUGAUUCAUAGCCGUGUUACUACCGGGUGGAGAGUUUGUAUAGACUACCAUAAGCUGAACUCAGCCUCUAGGAAAGACCACUUUCCUUUACCAUUCAUCGACCAAAUGUUAUAA